CUCGGGCUCCGCCCCCUCGCUCCGCCAGCCUCGGGAGUUUCGCCGCCCGCGCGCUCGGAGCCCGGGCGUUUGCCACUGAGGCGCCUCGGCUGAGAGCGGUGGUUUCCGGGCGGAGACCGGUGGGCUGUUCCGGCGGGUCAGGAGUCGGAGGCCCGGGGCCGGGCAGGUGGGGCGGGCCGCCCUGACCGCGACGGCGGAGCCUCAGUCCGGACGCCGCUGCGGACCAUCCCCCGUGCGGACUACAUUUCCCAGAGGCCCGCGAGGCGGCCCUGUCCUCUGGGACACUGCCGUUCUCCAAGAGAGAAGCCAGGAAGGGAAGGCAGAGAUGACUGUUGAACUAGUGAAAGCCAUAUCCCAGGACUUGGUGACAUUCAAGGAUGUAGCAAUAGACUUUUCUCAGGAGGAAUGGGAAUGGCUGAACCCUGCUCAGAGAAGUUUGUACAAGAGUAUGAUGUUAGAGAACUAUCGGAACCUGGUAUCACUGGGACUUUGCCUCUCUAAGCCAUAUGUGAUCUCCUCAUUGGAGCAAGGGGGAGAGCCUUGGGAGAUAAAGAAUGAGAUGACAGAAAGCCCAGAUUUGGAAUCUAUGUAUGAGACACACGAAUUAUCUCUGAAGCACUUCGUGUAUGAUGAUGUGUUAAUGGAGAGAAUUACAGGCUAUGGACUGGAGCAUUCCACUUUCAGCGAAAACUGGAAAUGUGAAGAUCUUUUUGAGAGGCAGUUGGUAAGUCAAGAGACAUUUAUCAGGCAAGAAGUAAUCACUCAUAACAAAAUCCUCACUGAGGAAAUAGAUCACAAAUGUAACAAAUCCAACAAAUUUGUCCAUCUAGACAAUGUAGAGGAAAAUGUUUAUAACCAUAAAUCAGAUAAAAAAAGCUUUUCUCAAAGUUCCAUGGUAGUAAAGCCCAAGAAAGCAUAUUCAGGAAAGAAACUUUUUAAAUGUAAUGAAUGUGAGAAAACCUUUACCCACAGCUCCUCCCUUACCGUUCAUCAGAGAAUUCAUACUGGUGAAAAACCAUAUGAAUGUAAAGAAUGUGGGAAAGCCUUCAACCAGAGUCAGCACCUUGUUCAACAUCAUAGGAUACAUACUGGAGAGAAACUCUUUGAAUGUAAAGAGUGUAGGAAAGCCUUCAGCCAAAACGUGCACCUUAUUCAGCAUCAAAGAAUUCACACGGGAGAAAAACCGUAUAAAUGUACGGAAUGUAGAAAAGCCUUCAGCCAACCUGCACACCUUGCUCAACACCAGAGAAUUCAUACUGGGGAGAAGCCAUAUGAAUGUAAGGAAUGUGGGAAAGCCUUCAGUGACGGCUCAUCCUUUGCCCGGCAUCAGAGAUGUCACACCGGCAAAAGACCUUAUGAAUGUAUUGAAUGUGAGAAGGCCUUCCGGCAGAACACGUCCCUUAUUCGUCACUGGAGGUACUACCACACUGGGGAGAAGCCUUUUGAUUGCAUUGAUUGUGGGAAGGCUUUCAGUGAUCACAUAGGCCUUAUUCAGCAUAGGAGAAUUCAUACUGGAGAGAAGCCCUACAAAUGUAAAGUGUGUGGAAAAACCUUCAGUUAUGGCUCAUCCCUUACCGUCCAUCAGAGAAUUCACACAGGAGAGAAACCUUAUGAAUGUGUCAUCUGUGGGAAAGCCUUCAGCCAUCAUGCCUCACUCACACAACACCAAAGAGUGCAUUCUGGAGAGAAACCUUAUAAAUGCAAGGAAUGUGGGAAAGCUUUUAGACAGAGUAUACACCUUGCUAGUCACUUGAGAAUUCAUACUGGUGAAAAACCUUACGAAUGUAAAGAAUGUGGAAAAGCUUUCAGCAUUAGUUCACAGCUGGCUACUCAUCUGAGAAUUCAUACUGGAGAGAAACCUUAUGAAUGUAAGGAAUGUGGCAAAGCUUUCAACCAGAGGGCACACCUUGCCCAACAUCAUAAAAUUCACACAGGAGAGAAACCUUAUGAGUGUAAGGAAUGUGGCAAAGCCUUCAGCCAGACUACCCGCCUUAUUCAACAUCAGAGAGUUCAUACUGGAGAGAAACCCUAUAUAUGUAGUGAAUGUGGAAAGGCUUUUAGUGACAGCUCAUCCCGUUCUCAGCAUCGGAGACUCCAUACGGGCCAAAGGCCCUAUGAAUGUGUUGAAUGUGAGAAGGCAUUUAGAACAAAAUCCUCCCUUAUUUGUCAUCAAAGAUGUCAUACUGGGGAGAAACCUUAUGAAUGUAGUGUAUGUGGUAAAGCCUUCAGCCAUCGCCAAUCUCUUACUGUUCAUCAGAGAAUCCAUUCUGGAGAAAAACCGUAUGAAUGUCAGGAAUGUGGGAAAACCUUCAGCCAGAUUGGACACCUUAAUCCACAGAAGAAUUCAUACUGGAGAGAGGUCUUAUGAAUGUAAGGAAUGUGGGAAGGUCUUCAGACAAAGUGCACACCUUACUCAUCAUCAGAAAGUUCAUGCUGCAGAGUCCUCUCAGCCAUGCAGCUCUUCCCCACCCCAGAUCUCACCAAGC